UAUCAAGGACAAUGGCUUCGAGGUAUGAGACACGGAUAUGGAGUAAGAGCAAGUGCACCAUUUGGUUUGGCGAGUCACUACAAACCACCAAAACAAGUAAGAGCAUCCUUGACGUCUCUGAGAAGUGCGGAUGGUGGUCCAGCAAUUGCACCAACACCUGAUCCAACCGAUAGGAGAGAUCGUCGAGUGGAUGAUAGUAGAGGAGGAUUUGUAUUGAAAGCCAGGAGUGAUGAUCCUCCAGCUCGAAGAAAGAGUUUGACUGAAAAGUCCUUGAAAAAAGGAAUUCUUUCGGGUUUAAAGAUUCGAAAACAAAAGAGCACGGGUGAUUUGGAAAAGCGUGGAACAGGAGGAAGUAUUCGAAGUAAUGCUAGUUCAGCAUCAUGGAUGUCAACGGAGAGUUCACAGAGCCAAGCUUCGGCGUCCGUCCAUACCGACAGUAAUGCGUCUUUUGUCAUCGAGGAUGAACAGAUGGACGCAUCUGUAACCGAGACGUAUCUUGGCGAAUGGAAAAACGACAAGAGAACUGGUUUCGGUAUAUCGGAAAGAAGCGAUGGUUUGCGUUAUGAGGGGGAGUGGUUCAACAAUCGAAAAUAUGGUUACGGUGUGACAACCUUUAGGGAUGGAACCAAGGAGGAAGGGAAGUACAAGAACAACGUGUUGAUUACAAGUCAAAAGAAGAAACAUUUAUUUCUGAUAAGAUCGGCCAAAUUUCGUGAAAGGAUAGAAGCUGCUGUUAGUGCAGCUCAGAGGGCGAGUAAGAUAGCAUUACAAAAAGCGGAUAUCGCUAUUUCAAGGACAGCAACGGCCCGAGGGAAAGCAGAGUCCGCGGACAACGCUGCCGAUCAUGCUAGAGACGAUUCCGAGUUAGCCCAACAAACAGCAAAACAGUUUGCUCCGGAUUUCAGACAACCCGGUUUGGAGAGAUUGAAAAAUCGAGAAAUUCCUAAAUAUGUACCACCGCCCCAGGACACUGUACCUGGUAAAAGUAUCCUUCAUAAGAGCACGACGUUUGACCAAACGAUUGGAUCGACGCCUACGAAGUCAGCUAUUUCUAACGUCGAUUUGACCGCAACGACGGCGACGACAACGACCACGACGACGACGACAGCAACAACGACGACGAUGCCAUCCACCUCGAUGACAGCGAGCAACGUGAUGCAGUCGAUAAGAAGGGCGAGCAUGAAGCCGCAAAACAUGAUGCAGAAUCAAAUACCCAAUCAGAUAUCACCGAAUCAACUUUCCAAUCAAAUUCCGCAAAUGGUCAACGCUCAAAGUACUCUUCCAAUGCAAAAUCCUUAUCAGACGCAAUACGUUCCAACAAUGCCACCGAAUUCGCCUCAACAAAAUCAGCCAUAUCCUAAUAGCAUACCAAAUCAGUACCCCCAAAAUCCUUAUCAACCAAAUCAAUAUCCCAAUCAGCCUAACACAUAUAACCCGGCGCAGUAUCCUCCUACUGCUAACCCAGCCCAGCUGGAUCCUGGGUAUACUGGAUAUCAGCAGCAACAGACGCCGGCUAAAUCACAAGGAUUCCAAAAUAUGCAACCUUAUUUAAAUCAACAGAUCUUGUAUCCGCAACCCCCGGUUAUGUACGGUCCAAUGACAUACGCCCAAAUCAAUCAAUACGAAGCGCAGCCUUAUGGUACGACGAUGCCGAAUCAGUAUGGACAGAGUCCGAUGAAUCAAUACAAUGCGCAGUCGAUGUUAUCUCAACAGCAACAGCAACAACAGCAGCAACAACAACAGCAACAACAAUCGCAACAAACGCAACAAUCUAUGCAACAAUAUCCUGAUGGGAUUGCAGAUAUUCAAAGGCCACCGAGUUCAACGAGUAUACGAAGGAAUAGCAGAAUUUUAAGUCCGCAGGACAGACCGGGCAAUAUCGGUCAAACUUUGAACGACAGAUUGGAUCAUUACAAAAGGCCACCAAGUCGUGACAGUUCCGUAGAUCGAUAUGCCAGAGCUCAUUCCCGAUUAACAGGAUCAAGACAGCCGUCUGUUGAUAAAACCGUGACAAAUCCAUCCACCGAUUUAAUCGACAGAUCAACGAGGGCUCCCAGUGUUAUGCGAUCCGGCACACCAUUGAAUGGUUCGGUGGUAGGAAGUGGAACGGUGACACCGACUUAUGCGGCAUCAACUUCCGGCCAAUUUGAAGGAGCACUUCUAAAGAACCGCAACCUUGGUCAAGACAUCCUACCAAGUCCUGGCCAACCUAAACGAACUGAGAGCCUCUAUGUUACACCAGCACGUACACCUAACAUUUCCGGUGGUGGAGGUGGAGGUGGAGGUGGCGGUGGUGGUGGGGGUGGCGGUGGCGGUGGAGGUGUUGGAGGAGGCGGUGCAUCUAAAGACGCAAGCCGGACGGUCCCCGCCUUCGCUGAAACGUCAAAGAGCCGCGCAACUCUAUGAGUAUAAGUAUUAUAAUAAUCUGUAGGUAUUAUAUAUACAAUACUACAGAAAAUAUGAUUUAUAUCAUAGAAAAACACUGCUACUACCAACCGAUUAUCGUUGUUACUACAGGUUUUACACUUUUAAUUAAAACUUUUUGCUAAUCAAAUUCGUACGUUUGCCAACCAAACUCAAUCUUCGUGCAAAUCAAAUUCGUCCUCUUGUAAAUCAAUUUCUUUUUUAUUUUUAUUUUUGUUUUUUGUUAUGAUAAUACAAUUACAUGCAAAUCUAUUAUUAGGGAAUUAAAAAAUUUUAAGAUGCUUAUAUUUAAUUAUUAUUACUAAUUUAUUACAUGUGAUAUGGUUUUGA